AUGACAUCCAGAGAAAACAGUACCGACAAAAAGGGCCCCCAUAAUCGGGAAUCUGUUUUCCUGAGGUCUAAAAACGAACCUCGUUUCAAGAGGCCGUUGGUUGAUCUUGAACAUGUCGUCCAAGGAACCAAAGAAAGUGCUCAAAAACUUCAAAAGCAGCGACAGGACACUUUCACUGCUUUGUCUAAGAUAGCCUGCAAUCCAUGGGACCGAUAUCGAAAAAACUUCAAAAUCAACCAGGCAGGCCCUGGGUGGGUUAUUCAUACAAACGACGCCACUUUUACAGAGGGGAUCAUCAAAGAAGUAAAGACUACGAAAAGCGAGUUAUCCAGGAUAAUAACAAGUCACCAUAAGAACUUUGUUGAUCUUCGAGAGGCAAUCUAUUACGAGGGUGCGGUAUUUCUUAUUUAUGAAAUUAUGGAUGUUUCCUUGGCUCAAGUAUUCAGCUCACCGCUUGGCCGUCUUCAGCUUUUUGAAGUAGCGGCCUUUGCGCGCGAGCUGUUAACAGGCAUUGAGUAUAUGCAUAUAAACCUCAAGAUCACUCACGGAGCCCUGUCAUCAAAUUCAGUCCUUCUAUCAGUAACGGGCGCGGUCAAGAUAGGUAUGUUUGUGACAAAAGCCGUGGGUAAAAGCGAGACUAAAAGGUUCCAGCGAACCUAG